AUGUGGCUCACACUGCUGGUGCUGCUGGUCCUGGCCAUGCUGGCCCUGGGGCGAGUUGCCUACAGGCUGCUGGCCCCAUCUGGCAGCCCCUUUGCUGGGCCACCCCUGGAGCCUCCCAGGCCACUGGUGACAGACCCACGUGCCCGGGACAAGGUCCUGAAGAAGGGGUUCAAUGCCCAGCGGGUGCCGGAGCGGCUGGAUGCAGUGGUCAUCGGCAGUGGCAUCGGGGGGCUGACGGUGGCUGCCACCCUGGCCAAGGCAGGCCGGAGGGUGCUGGUGCUGGAGCAGCACGACCAGGCUGGUGGGUGCUGCCACACCUUCCAGCAGCAUGGCACCGAGUUUGAUGUGGGCAUCCACUACGUGGGGCAGGUGCACCCGGGCAGCAUGCUGCGUGUGGCACUGGACCAGCUGACAGAUGGGCAGCUCUGCUGGCACCGCCUGCCCGACCCCUACGACGAGGUGACCCUGGGACCUCGGCGCUACCAGCUGCACGCUGGCAAGGUGACCUUUGUCACUGCACUGGAGGAGCAGUUCCCUGCUGAGAGAAAAGCCAUCAGGGAGUACAUGAAGCUCUCCAAGGUGGCCUCGCGGCACGUGGCACUGCUGGUGAUGCUGAAGCUGGUCCCACUGUGGCUGGCCAAGCUCCUGCUCCGCUCUGGCCUCCUGCACUUGUUGUCCCCUGUGUUCCACAUUGCAUCCACCAGCCACAGCCAGGCCACAGAACAGCUCACCAACGACCUCGACCUGCGCGCCCUGCUCGGCUACCUCUUCUACGGCACAGCCCCGCGGGACUCCAGUUUCCUGGUGAACCUGCUGCUGGUGCAUCACUACCAGCGCGGGGCUUGGUACCCGCGGGGAGGGGCGAGCGAAAUCGCCUUCCACGCCGCGAACCUGAUCGAGAGCGCGGGGGGC